UGCCUGCGGCGCCGGCCCGAAGCUGUUCCCGCGGUCUCCUCGGGUUCCAGCGGCGCGGGCAUCGCUGCGGGCUGGGGCCGCUCUGAUUGCCGUUCUCUGGGAGGCCCGGGCCCUGAAUCUCGAGUUUGAGCAGCCCCAAAGUCCAAACUGUCACCCCCCCCACCCCGCCAAGUCGCAGAGGACAGGAGCGGAAUGGACGCGCCCCUGCCUCCCAGGGAGUCCGCCAAGUUCAUCGCGGAACACAGUCGGGACGUGUUCAUUGACGGCGGAGGCGUGCGCAGGGUGGCGGAGCUGCUGCUGGCCGAGGCCUCGGGGCCUGGGCUGCGCCUGGAGGGCUGGAAGGCCCUGCACGAGCUGAACCCGCAGGCGGCCGACGAGGCGGCGGUCAGCUGGGUGUUCCUCACAGACACGCUCAACUUCUCCUUCUGGUCCGAGUCAGACGAGCACAAGUGUCUGGUGAAGUACGGGGGCCGGGCGUACAGUGGGUACUGGGCCCUGUGCGCCGCGGUCCACAGAGCGCUCGACCAAGGGAUCCCGAUAACUAGUGCCUCCUACUAUGCCACUGUGACCCUGGACGAGGUUCGGCACAUAUUCCGCUCCGACACCGAGGUCUCCAUGCCUAUGAUGGAAGAGAGGCAUCGGAUUCUGAACGAAACCGGGACAAUUCUGCUGGAGAAGUUUGGAGGCUCCUUCCUUAAUUGCGUCCGCAAAAGUGAGAACAGUGCCCAGAAGUUAGUGAGCCUGGUUGUUGAGAAUUUUCCUUCUUACAGAGAUGUGACUCAGUUUGAGGGGAAAAGAGUUUCUUUUUACAAACGGGCCCAGAUCCUCGUGGCAGACACGUGGAGUGUGUUAGAGGGAAAAGGAGAUGGCUGCUUCACAGACAUCUCCAGCAUCACCAUGUUCGCCGACUACAGGUUACCCCAGGUCCUUGUCCACCUCGGAGCCCUGAAGUACUCCGAUGAACUGCUGAAGAAGCUUCGCAAAGGAGAAAUGCUUUCAUAUGGGGACAAGCAAGAGGUGGAAAUCCGAGGGUGCUCACUUUGGUGUGUCGAGCUGAUCCGUGAUUGUCUCCUGGAGCUUAUUGACAGAAAGAGUGAGAAGCCCAAUGCAGAGAUCAAUUCCAUUCUUCUGGAUUAUUGCUUAUGGGACUACGCUCGUGACCACAGGGAAGAUAUGAAAGGAAUCCCGUUCCAUCGCACACGAUGCAUAUAUUACUGAUCCCGAAUAUAAAUAGAUCCACAGCAAACGCCUACGUUUUUAUAGCAUAUAGAUCAUCUGUGCAGUUUUGCUUUGCCAUCUGGAAUAGAUGGUAGAAAUUACAAGUACAGGAAAGUUGACUGUUCAGUCUUGCUUUAAAAAUGUUUUCCCCAGUAUUUCCUCUGUAUUCACCACUGUAUCCUUUGCUUGUUUCAAUCUUGGCUGUAUUUUCCUUUAUUUUGUGGUGAUACAGUUGACAGAAAUAGUGAAGGAAGUUUCAUACUUUCUUUAUAUCUCAGAUUUCUUACAAUUAAUCAUGUCUUGCAGUCUUUACUAAUAAUAUUUAAUCUCUUCAAUUGAUAUCUUUUUUCAGGGUAUACUUAUUUUAUUUGUACUGUAAUCAUUUGAUAUAAAAGAGAGGAUAGAGUCUUUGAUGUUAUUAAUCUUGACCUUAUUUUUAUGCUCCUUAUUGGUAA